GCGGAAGUGGCACCUGUAAGGGCGGAAAGCAGGGUGGCCGGGGUCCGAGCUGGGUUUCGGUACCCCUUGGGCUGCGGCAAUGGAGCUCAGCGCCGACUCCCUCCGGGAGAAGCUGCAGCGGGACCUGGAGGCAGAGCACGUGGAGGUGGAGGACACCACUCCCAACCGUUGUGCGUCCAGCUUCCGAGUCCUGGUGGUGUCGGCCAAGUUCGAGGGGAAACCGCUACUUCAGAGACACCGGCUGGUGAACGCGUGUCUGGCAGAAGAGCUCCCGCACAUCCAUGCGUUUGAGCAGAAAACCCUGACUCCCGAGCAGUGGGCCCGAGAGCGGCAGAAAUGAGGGCCUAGGCCCUGUGCAGACAUUAAAUUAUGAAUCACCACCA